GUUCAUAUCAGGUUCUUCAACAAGAUGGAACAAAAGAGACACAAUCUCCAACUCAACCUACAAACAAUAGUGCAUUGUUCACAAGUGUUCAGCAAACUCACAGAUGCCUCAGUAGACUGUUGUAGACAACCAAGGAGAAGAAAGCAGAAAGAUGUUGCUCUUCAGACGAUUCCAUUUUAUAUGGAUCUUGAUCAUCUGCGAAUCUGUUUCAGGAAAUGGUGUGACAAAAGCAGUGAACAGUGAAACCACGUUCACUCUAGUGUCUGGAUCUGUAGUUCCUAGCACCACCAGCAUUAUCUGGAAACACAGAGACAAUGCUGGAGCUGUUGUGAAGGUCAUUGAAUGGGAUCGGGAGGAGGGCAGAACUCACAUUCCCAACCCUAACUUCCAAUCCCACGCAACUCUGGAUGAAACCACUGGAAAUCUGAAUUUAAAAUAUCUGCAGCUCAAACACAGCGGAGUUUAUACCGUCGACAUUAACAGCAAAGAGCAAAGAAAAAAAUUCACCCUAACUGUUGUGGAGCCUGUCAGCAAACCUUAUAUUACUAAAGAGUGCUUACCGGGAGAUGUUCCUGAAUGUUCCCUGAGCUGUGUGGGGGAAGCCCCUUCUGAAGGUUCAGUCAUUUGGAAAUACUGGGAUGGAAAGAAGGUUCAGGAAAAGUAUCCUAAUAUGAGGACAAUAACAGUGACCAACAGCAGUAACCCAGACAGCCACUACAACUGCACACUGAGAAAUGCAGUGAGUGUGGAGACCAGUGAUCCAGUGUAUUUAAAAUAUCUGUUUCAUGAUUCAAAGACAGGAAUUGUCAUCGCAGUCAUCAUUGGCUCUAUUAUUUUUAUCGGUGUGGUGGUUACUGCCAUUUGGGGUCUUGCUGCUCACCGUGAGAAACUAAAGCAUUCCAGGAUGCAAAGCGUCAAGAGGAUCUCCUUUCCCUUUUUGUCUAGUCAUCAGCGCUAAAUCCCACUGAAACAACUGAAGCUCCUAACCAUCUGUGCCUUCAUAAUGUUGACUGUUGCUUUUGGCCCUCUCUGUCUCCUGGACCUCGUUGAUGGUGUUGGAACUUCAUGCUUUGGUUCUGAAUACUAUGUUACAUAUGCAAAUAGCAUACUUAGUUUUCAAGGAGGAACAAUGAGAAUCUCUAACUGGCACCAAGCGAGAGUUUUGCAUGCGUGGCUGAUUGUGUAGAAAUAAACACCUACUAAAAAUGUCCAUUAUAUUAAGCAAAACAUAAAAGACAUAUAGACUUGAAAUGUUAUAUGAAAACUAAGGCACAGAGAUUUGUGCCUUCAGGGAAAUAUGAACAGCAACACAUGUAUAUGAAACAUCUAAGCUAUAAUCAAUUUAACAUCUCUGUUUUACAUAACACAUUAGUUUGUAUUGUGCAAUAGGUUGCAGUUUAAAUAAAUGUCAGAAAAUAUGAAAAAAAAGCUUCUGUUGCAUUCCAAAUAUUCACUCCAAGAUUAAUGUAAAAACAGCUCAUUAUCUGGAACAUAGGUAGUCAGUUUGUAGUGUGCUAACAGGGGUGCAAACACACAAUCACUGAGGGGCAAUUUUGGGGGGAUUCAUGUUUUUUAUUAUUAAUUUGCCUCAAUGUUACUCAUAUUUUUGAAUGUUUUUAUAAAAAAUGAGAACACUGUAACAUACACUUGAAAAAACUUGAUUUAUUUUAUCUUUAUUUUCACUUGAGAUGAUUUAUUACUAAUUAUUAUUAUUAUUAUUAUUUUACAAUUUGCCAAGCUUAAAUUGAAGAUUUAAGUUUGUUUCUCUGCAUUUUGCUUUUAGAUUUACAUUUAGAAAUUCUAAAAUCAAUUUUAUAACAUUUAAAAAACACUUCAACACAAAUAGUCGACUUCGAAUUUUUGAUGGAAGCUGACUAGUUUGCAUCUUUAAUAAGAAUCUUCUCAGUUUCUCUCAAAUGUAUAUCAACCAUUCUAUCCCGACUUGUUUUUUUUUUUUAGAGGUCUCUGUUAGUUCACUUAGAUGAUUUAUACCUCAUUAAUUCAUGCAUUGCGCCACCCACCCUGUCUUGUUUUGUUCUGCAAUCAAAAACGUUUCCUUCCUCUGUUUAUUUUCAUAAUGAAACUUUGUCUGUAUAACAUUUUAUUACAGAAGAUUUUCACAGAUUGAUUUUGGCAAACCCUAUUCACCCAUACUCCCUUUUUGCUCCACUAUGUGCUAAUGUAAUGCACAAUACAUUAAAGCAGUUUAUGAAUGCAAAAAAAAAAAAAAAAAAAAAAAAAAACAUGGCAGGUGAGGGAUAAUCAAUGGCUUGGCGUGCAUUGAAGGAUUUUAAAUGCAUGACAUGGAGGCCAAGAACCACCCAACGCUUAGUGCAUUUAAAACCUUUAAUGUAUGGCAAGCAAUUCAUUAUCCAGUUUAUUUCAUGGUUAUUUGCCAAGUUAUAGACAAGUUAAAACUAUUAGGCUAUUCAGGAGCGAUUCAAGGAUUUUCAUUUUAGAGGGGCUCAGCCACCAAUAAGGGUAUAAUUAAAAAAAUAUUAUUUGACUAUUAGAGUAGGGUUGUAUACUACUAACCUUACUGCAAUACGCUAUUCCAUUAUAUUCCCUGCAUUUCAUAUAUGGGAGUAGGAGUACUGACUGAGCCAUUUACAACACGAAAGAAAAAAAGAAAUUGGAAAAAUUUAGAUGUGACCAGUCACAACAUUUUUUAGUUGGGAAUGAGAUUUUAUUUACAAUGAAUACUUCCUGAUUCAUUCAUUCAUGUUUAUCCUUUGACGAUACCGCUGCUUUUUCUUAUGAAAUGUAUGUGGAAAUUGGCAGACAAUUUAAACAACAUAAGGCGUUCAAUGACUGCUAUGAAUCUAGGGAACACAGUGGUAUUGUGUGUGUGAGGCUGUCUGUUCUAUUCUCACCUGACUGUUGCUCAUUUGCAGACCGCAUUACUAUGAAUGAUUAUUAUUAUUAUUAUUUAGCUUUUUAGCCUUUUUAAUCAACAAUACGGUUGGUUAUACAUCAAAUCACCCCCUGGAAAAUUAUUUAAUUUCAAAUCAUUUAACUAACUGGCUAAUAUUCAUUAAGAAUAUAGACAAAACAUGCAUUAUUGGCAAAUGUUUAAUCAUUAAAAAUAACAACAUGAAUUAUCAAUUUGCCACUUCCAUAAAUUAAUUACUUUAAAAAAAAAUCACAAAUCCCUUUACUCUACUCUUACUCUAAUAUAUGUAUCAUGAUACACUAAUAAUAAAAAUUAUUACUUAAUACAAAAUUA